UUGGCUCUGAUUAAACAUAGAAAAGCCAAAUGGUGGGAUCAUUAGUAAUCAAUUGGCUAUAUCGUAAAGCCCAAAUCCUGUUACUGAAGAGCAUUUUUCAUCGUCAAAGGAAUGAUGUUAGGAUGUAUCAAAUUCAGUAGCCCAAAAUAAUAAGAAUCUGAUCUGAAAAGGAAGAGACAUGUAUGGUCAGUGGUCACACUGGUGAGGCAUAAAGAAACUCAAACUGGCUGUCUUUAAACAUUGACUCAGAGAGUACCCAAAAAUCCAAAAGCUGGAAGAAACAGAAACUUUGAUGAACAGAAACUUUCACAAUAAAACUGAUUAUGCCCAUUUCAGCACAGCCUGUAAGAGGUCCUUCAGAUUUUAUGUGAAGAAACCGACAAUUUUAACAUAACUAAUAAUUCCAAGUUUCCAACCAUCCCAUGUGGCUCCCUCCCCCUUUCACUCUGCUCUUUUUCUCUUUGUGACUCUCAGUUAGAGGCACUGUCCUAAGAAAAAUCUAGACCACUGUGUUCUGUGAAUCUGGUUUUCAAGCAUGUGGGAAUCUGAGAGCGAGUCAGCGGCAGGACACACAUAUGGGGGUGGACUUAUCACUUCAAGUAGCCAUGGAGUCAAGACAGAAGGAUUUGUGCAAAGAGGCCGCUCUUGGUAUGUUGCUACUGAUAUUCCAAGUGACUUUCUAGUUCAAAUUGGAGAAGCUAGCUUCCACUUGCACAAGUAUCCUUUGGUAUCUCGAAGUGGAAAGCUGAGUAGAAUCAUAUAUGAAUCACACCACCUAGAUUUGAAUAAGAUAGUUAUGGAUGAUAUCCCUGGUGGGGCAGAGGCUUUUGAGCUUGCAGCCAAGUUCUGCUAUGGAAUUGCUGUUGAUUUAACAGCAGGCAACAUCUCAGGACUAAGAUGCGCUGCUGAGUAUCUUGAAAUGACAGAAGACCUAGAGGAAGGGAAUCUUAUAUUCAAGGCAGAAGCAUUUCUCAGCUAUGUUGUUUUGUCUUCAUGGAGAGACUCCAUAGUAGUGUUGAAAAGCUGUGAGAAGCUCUCACCAUGGGCAGAAAACCUUCAAAUUGUUCGCAGAUGCAGCGAGUCUAUAGCUUGGAAAGCUUGUGCCAAUCCCAAAGGGAUAAGGUGGUCCUACACUGGGAGAACAGCAAAAAUUUCUAGCCCAAAAUGGAAUGAUAUGAAGGACUCAAGCCCAAGUAGGAACCAGCAAGUUCCUCCUGAUUGGUGGUUUGAGGAUGCCUCAAUCCUUAGGAUUGAUCACUUUGUGAGAGUCAUCACUGCCAUUAAGGUAAAGGGCAUGAGAUUUGAAUUGAUUGGUGCGGCAAUAAUGCAUUAUGCAACUAAGUGGCUACCUGGUUUGAUUAGUGACACUGCAAUCCCUGGUGAUGAAGCAAGCAAUUGCAGUAUUAGUAAUAGUAGUAGUAGCGGUGGCGGUAGCUGGAAAAGUGGACUUCAUAUGAUUGUGACAGGAACUAGAGAUGACACUUCAAGUAUUCAAGCUAAGGAGCAAAGGAUGAUUAUUGAGAGCCUUGUGAGCAUUAUUCCACCUCAAAAGGACAGUGUCUCAUGCAGUUUCCUUCUUAGGCUUCUGAGAAUGGCAAUCAUGUUGAAGGUUGCACCUGCACUGGUCACUGAGUUAGAGAAAAGGGUGGGAAUGCAGUUUGAGCAGGCUACAUUGGCUGAUCUUCUGAUUCCUUCUUAUAACAAAGGAGAGGCUAUGUAUGAUGUGGAUCUUGUUCAGAGGCUGUUAGAGCAUUUCCUUGUUCAGGAACAGACUGAAAGUUCAAGUCCAAGCAGAAAGUCCUUUUCUGAUAUGGGUUGCAUCCUUAAUGCCAAGGCAAGAGUGGCAAGGCUUGUUGACAGUUAUCUUACAGAGGUGUCCAGAGAUAGGAACCUUUCCCUCACCAAGUUUCAGGUACUUGCAGAAGCUUUGCCUGAGGCAGCUAGGACCUGCGAUGAUGGACUUUACAGAGCAAUUGAUUCCUAUCUCAAGGCACACCCAACACUUUCUGAGCAUGAAAGGAAGCGACUCUGCCGUGUAAUGGAUUGUCAGAAACUCUCGAUUGAUGCCUGCCUUCAUGCUGCUCAAAAUGAAAGGCUUCCAUUAAGGGUUGUUGUGCAAGUUCUAUUCGCUGAACAAGUUAAGAUAAGCAAUGCACUAGCCAGCAGUUCUGUGAAAGAUGUUGAGCCUGAGAGCCAUGCAACGGUUCCUAACCGGAAAACACUUCUUGAAGGGACACCACUAUCAUUCCAAGAAGGAUGGACAACUGCUAAAAAAGACAUCAACACACUCAAGUUUGAGCUUCAGAGUGUGAAAGCCAAGUACAUGGAGCUUCAAAAUGAUAUGGCUAGUUUGCAGAAACAAUUUGAUAAGAUGCUGAAACAGAAGCACGCUUCUGCAUGGAGCACUGGGUGGAAAAAACUCAGCAAACUUGGAAGAACCACAAAUGUUGUAGAAAAUCAAGAUAAUUCGCCUAAGAUUCCAGAUUCAUCAGAACUGAACAAAAAGACUACUAGAAGGUGGAGAAACUCAAUAUCCUGAUUCCUUGAAAGAUGAGAAUUCUUAAUUUCUUUGGAAGUGAUUCUAUUUCCCUCUUGAUAUCUUAUAGCAAUUUCUACAUGAUUCUGGCUAAAUUGUAAUUUGUCAUAAUUUGUCACCAAAGCUAAUCAUAUUUUUCAAGUGUGAAUUCUACUGGCACUGCUUCAAUCAAGACUAGAAAUGCAUUGUGUGCAUAUUUAAAAAUCUAUAGUUAAAUUACUUCGGAUAAAACAGA